UCGUCACAAUACCUGGGUGCUCGGGGAGCGCGAACCAUGAGCCAGUUGCACGUGAACCAAGAGAUGCUUCACAACUGCAUGGCAUCGCUCGCUAACACUGCGGCGCAAAGACCUUCAAGGCGCAUCGACCCAGUCGAGGUGCUCAUCAAGCUCAAGAAUUGUGGCAAGGAGUACGAGCACUUCACAGGCAGCGUCAGGCUCAAGCACUCCCCGAAGCCUUGUUUUCGGGUGUGCAUCGUCGGCGGCGAGCAAGACAUUCAAGAAGCCGCGGCCAACCAGUUGGAUUUCUUGGACUUGCCGACAUUGAAAGAAAUCGGCAAGGUCCCCGCAGUGGCCCGAGUUCUCGCUAAGAAGUACGACGCUUUCUUGGUGUCGAAGCCUCUACUCAGCCAGUUCAACGCCUACUUGGGCUACGCUGUGGUAGGCGAGCACAAAGCGCCCGUCGGAUUCUCGCCCGAACAGCCCAUGAUGGCCAAGAUCAAGGAGGCUGAGAACACAGCCAAGAUUCGCUUGAAGGGCGGCGCCUGCAUCACAACCGCUACGAUCAUCAUCAUCACCAUCGCCACCAUAAUUGCCACGCGCCUAGAAGACUUCUGUGCCUGGAACACUUCGAAUCAACAGCAACGACACACUUUAGGCGCCCGUAUAGUCGGCACUUCGUCAAUCGACCGCACCGCUAUGUCAGACAGCGACGAGGAGCCGGAGUACGUGGAGCCCAAGCGGCAAGUCCUGUCGCCCGGCGACAUGAAGCGCUGGACCGAGAGCGAAGCGUACGGCGAGUACGUCGGCUUCGUUCUCGCCCUCAACGAGCGGGUCAAGGGCAAGAAGCUCACCGACGCCUUCCACGUCUCCGAGGUCACCUCGGCUCUGCUGUCCGUGCUGGACACGCUGGACCGCUGGGUGCGGGAGACGCCGCCCGUCAGCCAGCCGCAGCGGUUCGGCAACACGGCCUUCCGGACGUGGCUGGGCAAGGUGAACGACGAGAGUCGACGGCUGCUGGGCGACGCGCUGCCGGCCAGGUGCCGGCCGGCCCUGGUGGAGCUCGUGCCUUACUUCGACGACAGCUUCGGCAACUCGACGCGCAUCGAUUAUGGCACGGGCCACGAGAUGAGCUUCGCCAUGUUCCUGUGCUGCCUGUUCAAGAUCGGGGCCUGGGCGGAAGAGGAUUCUGACGCCGUAGUCCUGGCCGUAUUCCAAAGGUACCUGGAGCUGGUGCGUCACCUCCAGCUGGAGUACCGCAUGGAGCCCGCCGGCAGCCACGGUGCCUGGAGCCUCGACGACUACCAGUUCCUGCCGUUCAUCUGGGGCAGCGCUCAGCUGGUGGGCCAGCACGCGAUACAGCCCAAGUCCUUCCCGACACCAGGGUUCGCGCAGAGCUGCUCGCGCGACUACAUGUUCAUGGGCUGCAUCGAGUUCAUCUGCAAGAUGAAGAGCGGCCCCUUCCACGAGCACUCUAACCAGCUGUGGAACAUCAGCGCCAUCCCCAGCUGGGCCAAGAUCAACGCGGGCCUGAUCAAGAUGUACAAGGCCGAGGUCCUGGGCAAGUUUCCGGUGGUCCAGCACGCGGUGUUCGGAAGACUGCUUCCGUUUUGCCCCCACCGGAAACUGGACCCGACGAAAUAAGAGACUGUCCUCUUGAUUAUCGCGCGAUAUCGCAUUUAUUAAAGCCAAUAUGCUGGUACAUACAUUCGUUGUAAAA